AUGAGAUAAUCAAGAGGAAGGAAAAUUGACACUUCCAAUUCAGAAUCUGAAAUCUACUAGAAUUUAGGGCCUAUUCUAAAUAAACCAGGAAAUGUUCAACCUUAGUAAAAACCUAAGAAUUAAGGCAAACCCAAAAGCCAAACGUAAAAGAAAUCACAAACAAAUCUCAAAAAUCAAGAAAAUAAGUUAACUAAAAAAAUGAAAGAAUAUGAGAAAUAGAUCUCAGAACUACGAUAGUAAUUAUAAGAUGAUUAAGCUAAUUAACAAUAUAUUAAUUGCUUCAAUAGUACAAAGUAAAUAUUCAAAUUAUUUAAUUUAGGGAACAAUAUGAAAAACUAAUACAAACAUACGAAGAGACUAUUCAUUAACUGAAAUAGACAGAAUUGAAUUUAUUAGAGGAAUUACAAGGACAAAGUGAGAUAGCAAGAGAUGCUUUGAAUAAAUUAUAUCAAUACCAAUAGGAAUACAACACUGAGCAGGAAGAAUUGAGAUAACAUUAUGAGUGUAAAAUUGUUUAAUGUAUUUAGAAAUGAUUAAAGAUAAAGAGUUAGAAUUAACUUAAAAGUAUGAACUAUAAUUGUAGUAAUUGGAAAAUAUCAAUCAGCAAUCUAGAAUUUCAGAACCAAAAAUUGCUUAAGAACUUUCAAAGAAAUUAAAGGAUAUGGCAACUAAAGAAGAAUUGUAUUUAGAAGAAAUAGAGAUUUUGAAAAAUAAAUUAAAUUAAAAAAAGUCUUCUGUUAAAGAGAAAGUAUUUUAAUAUUUAAAUUUUUUAGGAGUUAAGAUAAAAAUUAAUUGAUUUAGAAUUAAAGUUGUAAGACUGGGAUGAUAACUUAGAGAGAUGCAAAUCAUUAGAAUAUGAAAACUAAUCUCUUUUAUGUAAAGUGUAACAGUUGGAGAAGCAGAUCUUAAGAAAAGAAGAAAAGGAGAGAAGACUAAGAGAUGAAUGGAAUAAGCAAUAUUAGGAUUUGUAAACCGAAGUGAAAGUAUUGACUCAAUAUUAUUUAGUAUUGGAAAAAUGAAAUGGACAAAGUCAUAAUGGAAAACAAUCUUGUACUUUCUAAAAUAACGCCAUCAAAGAAAAAAUAUUGAAUAUAAUUAAUGAG